AGUGCUUUGAUUGACUGUCUGAUCAAUCCUCUGCAAGAGCAAGUCGAGGAAUGGAAGAAGGUUGCUAAUCAGCUCGACAAGGACCAUGCUAAAGAAUACAAAAAGGCCCGUCAAGAAAUCAAGAAAAAGUCAUCCGACACUCUAAAACUUCAGAAAAAGGCCAAGAAAGGGAGAGGAGACAUUCAGCCCCAGCUGGACAGUGCCCUGCAGGAUGUCAAUGAUAAAUAUUUACUACUGGAAGAAACAGAGAAGCAGAAGCAGGCGGUGAGGAAAGCCCUGAUCGAAGAACGCAGCCGCUUCUGCUCCUUUAUCUCCAUGCUGCGGCCUGUCAUCGAAGAGGAAAUCUCCAUGCUGGGGGAGAUCACCCAUUUACAGACAAUAUCUGAAGACCUGAAGACUCUCACCAUGGAUCCCCACAAACUUCCCUCUGCCAGUGAGCAGGUGAUCCAUGAUUUGAAGGGCUCAGACUAUAACUGGUCUUAUCAGACCCCUCCAUCCUCUCCCAGUACCACCAUGUCUCGCAAGUCCAGCGUCUGCAGCAGUCUGAACAGCGUUAACAGUAGUGACUCAAGGUCGAGCGGUUCGCACUCACACUCACCCACUUCACACUAUCGCUAUCGCAGCUCCAAUCUGCCCCAGCAGGCACCGAUGAGGCUGUCCAGCGUCUCCUCCCACGAUUCUGGCUUCAUUUCCCAAGAUGCUUUUCAGUCCAAGUCUCCGUCUCCCAUGCCGCCGGAAGCUGUCAACCAGAAUUCGUCCAGCUCUGCCUCCUCUGAAGCGUCUGAGACCUGCCAGUCGGUCAGCGAGUGUAGUUCUCCUACAUCUGUGAGCUCCGGUUCCACCAUGGGAGCAUGGGCCUCCACUGAUAAGCUGUCUAAUGGGUAUCAUCACCAUGGUGAACUGCCUAUGGCAGGCCAUUUCACCCAUUUCCCACUCCCAGUGUCCCGCCCCUGGACCCGAUCUAGUUCCGCUGUCCCAGACUAUCACUAUUACACCAUUGGUCCAGGCAUGCUGCCAUCAUCCAAGAUCCCUUCCUGGAAGGACUGGGCUAAGCCAGGUCCAUACGACCAGCCUGUGAUGAACACGCUUCAGAGACGCAAACGUGAAGUUGACCCUUCUUCAGGAGCCCAGUUCAUGCAUCCCGGACUAAUUAAUGAGGCUCAUUCACCCCGCAGUACAAGAAUGCCCGUGGCAUCAAGGCAAGGAGAAGAAGCAGAAAACUGUGAUGAUCUGGCUCUUGCCCUGAGUAGAGGACUGCAGCUGGAUACACAGAGGAGUAGUCGGGAUUCCCUGCAGUGCUCCAGUGGAUACAGCACACAAACCACUACCCCAUGCUGUUCUGAAGACACCAUCCCAUCUCAAGUUUCAGAUUAUGAUUACUUCUCAGUGAGUGGAGAUCAGGAGCAAGAGCAGCAAGAUUUCGACAAGUCCUCCACCAUCCCAAGAAACAGCGACAUCAGUCAGUCAUACCGCAGGAUGUUUCAAGCCAAGCGCCCUGCGUCCACUGCAGGAUUGCCAGCCAACUUUGCGCCUGUCAUAGUCACUCCUGGUGUGGCCACCAUCCGGAGGACACCAUCCACCAAGCCAUCAGUGAGACGCGGUACCAUCGGAGGAGGUCCCAUCCCGAUAAAGACUCCAGUUAUCCCAGUCAAAACCCCAACUGUCCCGGACGUUCCGGGUGGGCUUCCCAACAGUACCAGUGAAGAAUCACCUGAGCAGAGUCCCGACUCGCCAUCCAUAACUGAAGGAGCCGUGCUGGGCGGUGACAUACCCACAUCUUUAUGGAGUGGACAGGCUUCUGUAAACCCCCCGGUUCCGGGAACCCCUGGUGUUAUUGCUGAAGAGCAAAGACCAGGUCGAUCCGAAAAUGAAGAUGAAGAAGAUGAACAGGAUGGUCCUGUCAUUCCUGAACCCACAGGCCAGCCAGACCCCGAGACAGGAGAUACUGCUCUGACAGAUGCACCACAGGGAGAAGAUAUGCUCAACGCAAUUCGCCGCGGGGUCAAACUGAAGAGGACCACCACAAAUGAUCGCUCGGCUCCUCGGAUCUCCUAG